AUGGUUUAUCAAUCAGAGGAUAUCUUUGCUCGCCUCAACGAGGCCCUCGACGCCUUCGAGCCACAGGAGCGCCAGGACUUGGUCAAGCAGGUCAACGGCGUCUUUGAGUUCCAGAUCAAGAAGGACUCCUCUGCCAACGCCGAAGUCAAGGUCUGGCACGCCGAGGUCAAGAACCAGGGUGUCAUCAAGACCGGCCCCGCCCCCGGCAACCCCGACAUCACCCUCUAUCUCACCGACGAGGACAUGGUUGCCCUGGCCGUCGGCGAUCUCUCCGGAGCCCGUGCCUUCAUCACUGACAGGAUUGGACUCAAGGGGCCCAUGAUGAUGGCCAUGAAGCUCGAUGUCAUCUUCCGCACCCUUGGAAUGGGACCUCCCAAAGGCGCCGAGGGCGAUCUGGGCUACGAUGGCUUCGAGUCCAGCUUCUUGAUCCUCCAGAUUGCCGAGUACCUCCAUGUCCUGACCGAGGAGGAGCGCAAGGCCGAGGUCGCCAAGGUCAAGGGUGUCUUCCUCUUCAACGUCAAAAACGGCAAGGGCGACACUGCCGUGUGGAUGAUGGACAUGAAGAACGGGGUCGGUCUGAUGAAGAAGGGCAAGAUCGACGGACUCAAGCCCGACAUUACGCUCGAGAUGAAGGACAAGGACUUUGUAGAUCUGUUCAUGGGCAAGACCAACGGACAGAAGGCCUUUAUGACAGGAAAGAUCAAGGUCAAGGGCGCUAUUAUGCUCGCCCUCAAGCUCGACACCAUGAUGAAGGAUACCCAGGAGAAGAUUGGAUUUUUCAAGAGCAAGCUGUAA